AGAGGGGACCCUGAGACAACACGUCCCACGCCAGAGCCAGACAAGCCAGGGAACUUAGAUUUGACGCCAAGUAGCCUGCGAUGAAGAUGACGGUCAGCCGAAUGCGUUUGAAGGCAGUCUGAGCGCAUUGUUUCCAGCUCCGUUGCAUAUGGGAUUUCCAGCCGUGAUGUCUGCAAUAUUUCGCUCUUUGUUUCUGGUUCUAUUCAGCCUGCUGUCGGUAGGUGCCCAAACGGAGAUGAAGAAGGUCGUUGGGGACAAUGCUACCUUACCAUGCCACCACCAGUUCCCAUCAUCCAACUCUCUUGACAUUGAGUGGCUACUUCAAAGACCAAACUCCAAACAGAAAGUGAUCAUUACUUUCUUCGGGGGCCAAGUGUACACCAAUGAGGCGACGAGCAGCGAGGCCAGCCGUCUGUCCUUUGCUGGGGAGUACCUGGGGGGAGACGCCUCCCUGCUCAUCAGUGACCUGCUGCUGACUGACUCUGGGGAAUACAACUGUAAAGUCAAGACUGGGGGAAAGUAUCACUGGAGCCAGGUCAACCUCAUUGUGCUGGUCAAACCUUCCAAACCAAGGUGCUGGAUGGAUGGUAAACUCCUGGAAGGCAGCGAUGUCAAGUUGAGCUGCAAGUCCAGUGAAGGUUCAGAUCCCAUCAGCUACAAGUGGGAUCGAGUGCUGGACAAAGGCAAGAGUCUGGGCAAACUGCCAAACCUGGCACUGAUAGAUCUCAAGAACCCAGAGAUUGUGACCCUGAGGAAUCUUACCAUGGACAGCACAGGUGUCUACAGGUGCACAGCCAGCAAUGACGUGGGAGAGGAAAACUGUACCAUUGAGGUCACAAUGCAGCAUGUGAGGGAUGUAGGUAAGGUAGCAGGUGCAGUGGUGGGAAUAUCCCUCGGUGUCCUCAUUGUCAUUUUAAUCAUCUGGCUCGUCUUCCGGAAGAAGGAGAAAAAGAAGUACGAGGAGGAGGAGACUCCAAAUGAGAUCAGGGAGGAUGCUGAGGCCCCCAAAGCCAAGCUAGUGAAGCCCAACUCCUUGUCCUCAUCCCGUUCCGGCAGUUCGCGUUCCGGUGCCUCCUCCACCCAGUCCAUGGUGCACAACAGCGCCCAGCGUGGUCACCGCCCCCGCCCACCUGCUGUUGCAGCCCUCAAGGAAAAUGGACAGCCUCCAGGCUUCCCUCAGUCCCCACCAGCCUACACUUCAGUGGUGCCCUCCAAGACCCCCGAGCCCCCUACCACUCCCAAAUUCAACUCCAGGAACAUGUCUGGGCCCACACCCCCAACCCUCAUGGUCCCUGCCCAGACCAAGGCCUUCCAGACUGUGUAGGACUGAAAGCCAACCCUUUCCUGCAGCCAUGUGAGACUCCCAUCCCUGCCCAGCACCUACACCCCCCUCCCAAAGACUAAGACUCUUCCAUAAACAAAGAAAUGCAACUAGUUAAAAGGAUGUAAUUAAAAGAAUCAAUACUAUAAGUCCAAAAGUACUUUUAAUGAAUGCAUACUUAAAAAGGGAAAAUAGAAAUGCUUGCCCCCUACUGAAUUACAUAAAACAACAAAACAAAAGAAAAAACAAGACCCGAGAUGCAACACUGUUUGUGUCUCAUGGCUAAGAGGCAGAAUUAAUUUUUUUUUAGUCCCUUCGUUUGGCUUCAGAAGGCACAGGGAAGCACCAUGUGCAGCGAGGUGGAAGGAGCCCCCCAGCAAAGCUUUUAUUUAUUUAUCAAAUCAAAGGGUUAGGCGUAAUGUGGAAAAAAAAGAGGAGAAAAAGGGAAACCGUGAAAGCUGGAUAAUAAAGUAGACCCAAACUC